CUGAGGGUGUUUGGUUCGACUGCUGCUUCAGGACGAGAGUCCAGCUGAGGAAGGGGGAUUUGAUCCGGUUUCUCCCGUCGAGGAUCCUUCUAGAACGCGCGUCAACAAUGGCAGACGAGAUGUCACAGUCUGUUGUGACACAUUCAGAGGGAAAAAAAUGACGUCUCCAGCAGGUGAAAGAGGAGCAGCAGGAGUGGAUCUCCAGUCUGAACCAGAAGGAAGCAGAACCUCCACACAUUAAAGAGGAAGAGGAGGAGGAAGAGGUCACAAACUUUGCCUUCAAUGUGGUUGUCGUGAAGAAUGAAGAGGAUGAAACUCAGUCCUCGCAGCUUCAUCAGAGCGAGGAGGAGCCUGCAACCAGCUUCUCAACCCAACACAUGAAAACUGAAGAGGACGACUGUCCAGACAGCUACUCAGAUCUACACUCUGACCUGCAGAGGUCGCUCUCAUCAGGGUCUGACACAGAUGACAGUGAAGAUUGGAGGGAGACUUCUGUCCCUGAGAAGAGAGAUGAUGAAGAGUCGCUGACCUGCUCCGGGUGCCAGAGGGUCUUUGCCGCAAAGAGGGGGCUGACUUGGCACCAAAAAACCUGCGCAGGGCAAAAGGAUAGUGGGGAAUGUUUUCCUAUGGGAAACACUGCAACAUCUUCAGUUAAGAGACCGUUUAGCUGUGCCAUCUGUGGGAAAUGUUUCACUCAGAAAGGAAGUCUGAAGACCCACAUGAGAAGUCACACCGGAGAGAAACCGUUCUCUUGCUCACAAUGUGGGAAAUGCUUUGCUCAACAAAAGGUUCUAAACUGUCACAUGGAAGGUCACUCAGAAGAGAAACUCUUUGGUUGUUCAGUGUGUAACAGGCGUUUCACUCAGAAAGGAAAUCUGACCUCACACAUGAGGAGACACACUGGAGAAAAACCGUACACAUGCUCCCUAUGUGGAAAAUGUUUUACACACAGUGGCGGUCUCAAACUGCACAUGAGAAAUCACACGGGGGAGAAACCAUACAGCUGUUCAGAAUGUGGUAAAUGUUUUACACAGAGCUGUGGUCUGAAGCUUCACAUGAGGUAUCACACCGGGGAGAAACCGUAUAGUUGUUCAGAAUGUGGCAAAUGUUUUACACAGAGCAGCGGUCUUAAACUUCACAUGAGAAAUCACACAGGAGAAAAACCAUACAGUUGUCCGGUAUGUGGAAAACUCUUUACUCAGAGGGCAAAUCUAAAGUCUCACCUCAAACUUCACACUGGAGAGAAACCGCACUCCUGCUCAGAGUGUGGGAAACGUUAUAUUUCUUCAAGUAAUCUGAAGAGACAUAUGUGGACUCACAGAACCGAGAGUGUUGCCUCCACCGCGUCGUCAACGAUGCUAUCACUCGUGUCAGGACUUGAGUGGGGAGAGGACUCUGAUGAGCAAGAUGAAUGACGAUCGCUCAGUAUCUUGAGACGGGAAGUUGUAGAAGAAAAACUGGCUGUUUUAUUCUCCUGGUUUACUGCUGUCUGUCUGAGUUCAUGUGUCACCAGAACUCGAAACUUUGAGCUUGAACGUGAAGAUUUUUCACCUGAACUGGUCUCGGCACUACCCACAUGCACCACACUUCCUGCCCUGUGCUGCCGUAUGAGUGUGUGCAGGGGUUGAACUGAGAGUGAAGAGAUGAAACUGAGUAGCACAGAAGAAAAACUCGAACCCUAAAAAAGUUUCCAUCAUCUCCGGAACUGCUGAAUAAAAUUGCCUCAUGUUUCCAGACCUGGUGUCGAACAAACUCUGGAGGUUACCGUCACUUGCUUUAGUUACCUCUGACGAUGGUGAGGCUGUCACCAACAACCUGGUGUUUCUGCUCACAGAGAUUGUCUCACUGUCACUCGGCCUUCGCUCUGGCUGUGAAAGUGAACUGCACAGACUGACGAGGUGGCCGAGUGGUUAAGGCGAUGGACUGCUAAUCCAUUGUGCUCUGCACGCAUGGGUUCGAAUCCCAUCCUCGUCGUUGAGUCAUUGUGUUUUAUCUGUACAAGCAAACCGCCAAUUAAAUAAUGAUGUCACCGCCUCUCAAGUCUUCACAUUGAAAGCAAAGUCUGAACAGCAUUGAUUACCAAGUUGACCUCCUCCUGCUGCAGCUGUUGACUUUCGUCUGUGUUGUCUUUACUUCACUUUCAUGAACAAAACUUUCAUUCAAUUGUGUUACGAUCUUGAUUCUGGAUAGUGUAUCACAUCAUGUGAUGGAACCUUAACCUUGGAUAAGAAAGUAGGUGCUGAUAGGUCCUCGGUUUGAUCUCUGGGAAACCAAGAGGUGAUCUGUGUACUCAGUGUUUGUAGGAUCAACUGAGAGAAGCAUAAUGGCAUGUUUUGGAGGAGGAUGGGAAGGAGGCAGCAAUGAGAUCAAAAUGAAGAAGAAGCCAAGCAAAAUAAUAACCGGGCAGAACAGUCACGAUCAAACCGAGUGAUCAAAACACUGCUGGGCAAGAGCUUUCAAGCCAGGUGAUGAGCAACGCCCAUCAUGACAAAGUACCUCCCACUCAGGGUCCUGACAUCACCAGCUGAAGGACCAGCUCGACCACACCCGGGAUGUGAGAGACUACUUACAGCAGUCACGAGUCUGCAGGACCUCACCAGAACACCGUCCCGGAGAGAGAAGCUCCCAGAGAAAAAAAAUCUUGGAUCACUACUGUUUUCAUUCAAUUCGAAAUAACAAAUGGAAGAUAAGAGAAAAUAAAGAAUUCUAUUUACAAAUCAGCGACACUAUUUUGAAGCCACUGAA